CAAAUGGAAACGAAAAGUCUUCAGCAGCAGCAAAGUGAACGAAAUUUAGACGCUAAAAUACGUUUAAGUGGCAAAAUCCAACGGAACAUUGACGACGUUGCUAGCUUUGGGAAGCAACUAUUGAAAGGCGCAAAGGCAACCGAGGUACUAAUUCACACGUUGGAAAACUUUGCUAUUCUAGAACAUUCAGUAGCUAAUUGUGAUGCGAGCCUCAAAAAGAUGCAGCUGUUAGCAACCCAUUUGCAUUUACAACAGGAAGCCAUUGAAAAGAGUGCCCAAGUGAUAGACGAAGUGAGGGAUCAUGCUAGAGCGCUCGUACACCCACGCAUUCCAUCGCUAUCCAGUGUAUGAGCAUAGCAGAUUCAGGGCGAGGUCAGUGCGCGGGGACACAGCGUGAGCAGCGAUGGAUUCGCCGCAGAACGCGUCUCAGCAGCUGAAGCAGCAGCAGUUGAAGCAGCAGCAGCAGUUGAAGCAGCAGCCGCAGCUGAAGCAUCAUCCUCAGCAGCAGCAGCAGCAGCAGCAGCAGCAACAGCAGCAGCAGCAGCAGCAACA